CAUCACCACAUCACCACAUCACCGCAUCAUUACAUCACCGCAUCACCACAUCACCACAUCUAACUACCUGAACGGCCACAUUUGCUACCUCAACUUCACGUCGGACACUCGCACACAACACACAAUGGGCAUGACACUCUCCAGAUGCUCGUCGAGGCAUGCACGGCCAGGCUCCAGGUUCAGCGGGCUAGACGAGAAGAUUCUCGAGAGACAGCCAAACUGGCUCGUUCCGCCAUCAAGAUGGAGGCAGUCGGACCCAGACCACCACCCAGUCCGCUACCGAACACCGACUCCAUACCCCAAGGAAGACCGGCGACGGCUUGGUGACCACAUCGACAUCUCGGAGAAAGCCGCCGUCAUCGAGGCAGCAUCACACCGUCGUGACACAGACACAGACACACUCGGCGUCCAACAUCCAGCCGCCAUGCACGCCCGCUCCCCACACAAUCACAUCAGAUUUCCCCAGCUUUCUCCUGCCGCCAUCACAAUAACCUGGAAACAGCACCGCCCGCGUCGGAAUCGAUUUGAGCGGCCUUCCUAAGCGACACCCACAGCGGAGCGGCACACAGCGGCGGCAAUCAAUAGCCCAUCUGUCGAAAGCAUCCAUACGAGCAACUAUACGCUGCGCACGCGCGACGUUUCAUUCAAAACCAGGGCGUCGAGCCAAGACGGGCUACUCGG